AUGAGCGGGCGAAGUCCCUCUUCCAGACGCGAUAGUCUGUCCGAGUCCGAGUCCGAGAUGAGCAUCGGUCCCGGCAGCGUCGACAGCGUCAGCACUCUGGGGCGACGGAGCAAGCCGCGCCACGUCAUUUACGAAGGCAGCGAGAUCGACGACACCGACGCUCACAGUGAGCUUGAUGUCAGUCUAUACGAUACGGACGAGGUCAUGGACACGGAGCGCACCAGCUACCGCAUCUCGCUAGGCAGUGACGGCUUCGAGUCCAUCCUGUCAGACCCGGACGCUGUACACGAGGACGUUGACGAAGAGAUCACAUUCCCGUCCCACCGCAACCGUGUCGCUUUCAACAGCUUCGUGAGCGUCGAUACGGCGACUUCAGAAUAUGAGCCGCCGCAUCCGCAGCGAGGUCCACCACUCCACUUGCAGCAGCUCCACCAACAGAACCAGCGCCUUCAAACGCUUCAACGACAGCAAGAGGAACAGAUUCAGGAGCAGCAGCAGCGAUUCCCUGGUGCCUACGAAGCGAGUAUUUCGUCAACCUCAUUCUACCAGUACCUUCGUAGCAGCCUCGCUCUGGGUGGCGCGACUGCAGAUAAUGGUGGCUACCCGCCUUAUAUCGCCCCACCGAGGGCUUCGAUGAACCCCGACCCAAACGUCCGCACAAACUUUACCAGUGCAUCAUCAAGAGACGCACCGCUCGGUACUCCUGGCGAUGCGUACGAUGUUCUGGGCACGCCACCGGGAGAUCCACCAGCCUCCCGACCCUCCCAACCUCCGUCGGAGCAGAAUAGAGAGUCAACACCAUUUGAUGCAAUCCACUUUCAAGCGCUACAGCAUCCACCUCGAUCCAUGAAUUCAUUUCUACUGAUUCUGCUCAUGGGUGCAGGCUUUGGUAUCGGCUUUGCAGUUCUCUCUGCUGAUCCACCCAGUGCCUAUGGCUACUGGCUCAAUGAGGUGGGCACACUCUACAUCCGCAUCGUCAACUGCACAGCCGUGCCCAUGGGAAUCUGCCAGGUGAUCUUCUCUGUGUCCACGCUGACUGCGCGUGGAGCCUUAGGACGGCUCUGGCUCAAAACAUUCGGCUUCUACCUCGUUAUUUGUCUGCUUUCAGUGAUGAUGGCCAUCCUUGUGGCUAGCGCGCUUCGGCCUUCGCUGAAACAGACCGACGUGCUGAGUUUCGAAGUCUCCAGUGCUCAAUUUGGAUUCCAAUGCAGUAACAACAAAUAUCUCGAGCUCAACAAUUCGACACUAGCGUGCAGCUCUGACAGCUUUGACGACGCGAACAGCACCGCGGCCGUGUUCCCAAGCUUCGUGGAUGUGAACACCGUGCUGGGUCUGCCCGAGUCCAUUCCACAGCUGAGUUUGACGCAGUAUCUUUUCCAAUUAGGCUAUCGUUACGUUCCGAACAACGUUGUCCAGGGGCUAAGUGCCGACUACCAUAUUAGCUCUAUGGUGAUCGCCACUGUUCUGGGCGUGGCCGUCACGCGCAGUUUCCGCGGAGGUGGUGUGGGACGCGAGCGGGGCGAUGCCAGACGUAACCCGUUACUGAGACUAUUCGUUCACAUGUACGCAGCGCUGUUCACAAUCUUGGACUGGCUGCAGUCACUGGCGCUGUUAGCUAUCCUACCGAUAACCAUCGGAUCAAUCCUUGUGGACCCUGCGAACGCGAAUCUGGCGUCGUUUGCUGGGAAAUGGUGUCUCGCCGUAUUGCUCGUAUGUUCCAUUCAGAGUCUCGUGCUCUGUCCGAUCCUGUUCUUCUGGGUCACGCGGCGUCAGCCUUUCGGAUGGCUGCUAAAGGUGUUGCCGGCGCUGCUCUACAGCAUUUUACUACAGUCUCCAAUUCUACCCUUGCCUAUCGCUACGAAAAGUGUGCUACGGUCGCGCGAAGUUCCGCCUGCCGUAUUCGGAGCGCUGUUUCCGGUGUUGUCGGCAUGCAACCGUCUCGCUCAGGCAAUGACACUUCCGAUUAUCUUGAUGUGGGUGGUGGGCUAUACAGACUGUGGACUGCCACUAAACUUCAGCAACAGUGCCCUGCUUUUUAGCUACGCACUCAUCGCCAGCUUCGGAGACACGGCGUUACCGCAGUCACACAUUGUGUACUUCAUCACUGUCUGGCGCGGCUUUUGCGGCGUCGAGCACUUGCCGCCCACGCCGAUUGCCAUGAGCGGCGUCACGCUGCUCAUCGGUAGACUACAAGCACUCAUCAACACAGCCACCAACCUGAUGCUGGUGCGGAUGGCGGCCAGUACGGACGAGGGCCGCAUGUACGCGCACCACUUUGCCGUGUAG